ACAUCAAAAUGAUUGAACUUGGUUGCACUACUGGAACAUGUUCUUUUUCUGGCGAACGCCAUUACUGUCUGGUGCGAAAGCAAAUUUUCUAAGUUUAAAAAAUGGCUGAAGUUGAAGAGAGUGUUGUCGAGAACUUCGAUGAGCAACCGCCAAUUGAAACUGAAGGCGCUGAGACCUUGUUGGAAACAAAUGUUGUUGCAACAACUGAAUUGCCCGAAAUUAAACUUUUCGGACGUUGGUCAUGCGACGAUGUCACUGUAAAUGAUAUCUCGCUGCAAGAUUAUAUUUCCGUUAAAGAAAAAUUCGCACGUUAUUUGCCACAUUCUGCUGGCCGCUAUGCAGCCAAGCGUUUCCGCAAAGCACAAUGCCCCAUUGUUGAACGUUUGACCAAUUCACUUAUGAUGAAGGGUCGUAACAACGGCAAAAAAUUGAUGGCCUGUCGUAUUGUCAAGCACUCUUUCGAGAUCAUCCACCUGUUAACAGGUGAAAAUCCAUUGCAGAUUCUCGUAAGUGCCAUCAUCAACUCCGGUCCCCGUGAAGACUCGACUCGUAUUGGUCGUGCCGGUACUGUACGUCGUCAAGCCGUCGAUGUGUCGCCAUUGCGUCGUGUGAAUCAAGCUAUUUGGCUACUGUGCACUGGUGCCCGUGAAGCUGCUUUCAGAAAUAUCAAGACCAUUGCCGAGUGUUUAGCUGAUGAAUUAAUUAACGCUGCUAAGGGAUCAUCAAACUCGUAUGCUAUCAAAAAGAAGGAUGAAUUGGAACGUGUUGCUAAGUCCAACCGAUAAGCACUUCAAUUGUACAUUAAUUAUUAUGUGCAUUUUUUACAUAUAAAAUUACAAAGAUGAUUUACUGAAUAAAAACCACAAGUAAAACAUAA